AAUAGGACUGGAGCUAGAGAAGCUUGCGAAAGUGCUAGCGGUCAGCUGAGCUAUGCGAAUUUACCGCUAGACCGGGUGUCAACAGCACGAUAAGGUACAUUUGAAUGCAGACGGGGAAGAUACAUUGUUAUAUUAAACUGCUUGGCUAUGUGCUAUCAUCCUCACGAUUUGUUAUUUAUCUGGCGUGACUGGGCAGACUUCAGAGCCCUCGUAUAUUGAAUGUGAUACAAGCCGUUAGCCACCUCUCCAGUCCUGCCCGUGUGUCAGUCCCCUAAACCCGUCACCUGUUCCUGUCCGUCCCUUAACCCUAUCCCCCAGUACACCCUCUGACCUGGUCCCCAGUAUGAGUUCUUCUCCGCUGGGUUCCCGUGGCAACAUGGACAUUCUGGAGGAACUGCAGCUGAUUGCAGCCCAGAACCUGGAGAUGCUAGAGAUCAACAAGUACUAUGAUGUCAUCAGGGAGCUAGGCAAGGGCACCUACGGCAAGGUAGACCUGGUCAUACACAAGAUCAGAGGCACCAAGAUGGCCCUGAAGUUCCUGAGGAAGAAGACGACCAAGCUGAAGUCGUUCCUGAGGGAGUACAGCAUCUCUCUCUACCUCUCCCCCUGUCCCUUCAUCAUUAACAUGUUUGGGAUCGCCUUCGAGACUGACGACUACUACGUGUUUGCCCAGGAGUAUGCCCUGUCCGGGGAUCUCUUCGACAUCAUCCCUCCACAGGUUGGUCUCCCGGAGACCGUCGCUAAGCGCUGUGUGCACCAGGUUGCCAUCGCCCUGGACUACCUUCACUGUAAGAAGUUGGUGCACCGAGACAUCAAGCCUGAGAACAUCCUCAUCUUCGACCGCGAGUGCCGCAAGGUCAAAUUGUCCGACUUUGGCAUGACACGCCGUGCUGGCUCGCCGGUCAAACGUGUGAGCGGUACCAUCCCGUACACGGCUCCGGAGCUGUGCGACACGUCUCGCCACGAGGGCUUCUGCGUGGACUACAGCACGGAUGUGUGGGCCUUUGGCGUCCUCCUCUUCUGCAUGCUGACCGGUAACUUCCCCUGGGAGAAGGCCCUGCCCUCUGACUCCUUCUACCAGGAGUUCACACGCUGGCAGAGGCGCCGCACGGGCACUGUACCCUCGCAGUGGCGCCGCUUCACAGAGCAGGCCCUCCGCAUGUUCCGCAGGCUCCUCUCUGUGGAGCAGGACCGACGCUGCUCUGUCAAAGAGGUGUUUGGCUACUUCAGCCACAGCUGGAUGCUGGAUGGAGACAGCAAUGGGAACGGAGGAGGGGGGAGGAGCACGUCGUCCUCGUCUGGGGAGGACGAUGAAGACAUGCUGGUGGAGAGGAUGAAACAGCAGACUCUGUCUCCUCUCUCUCCUCUGUCUCCUGUAUCUGUGGGGACAAAGGCAGGGAUGAUGGAAUCAGGUGGAGGACACCAUUUUGUGUCUGUUUCCACCACCAGCUCCGUAUCCUCUACUAACAGCUAUGAACGCAUGCCCAGAGACAGCAUCAGCAACAACAACCAGCCCUCAGGGCGCAUGCUGGUGGCUACACCUAUAGAGAUCUGUGUCUGAGAGAUGUAUGUGCGAGACGGGCCUGAGAAGGACUGAAAUACUGCGUACAGUACACACACACACGUACAGACACCUACACUCAUAUACACACACAUAUCCAUACAUGCAUACAUUCGGAAAGUAUUCAGACCCCUUUACUUUUUCCACAUUUUGUUACAUUAGAGCCUUAUUCUAAAAUUGAUUCAAUAGUUUUUUUCCCUCAUCAAUCUACACACAAUACCCCAUAAUGACAAAGCAAAAAAACUGUUUUGGAAAUUUUGGGGAAAUGUGUUAAAAACGAAAAAAUUAAAUAUCACAUUUACAUAAUUAGUUAGACCCUUUACUCAGUACUUUGUUACAGCCUCGAGUCUUCUUGGGUAUGACGCUACAAGCUUGGCACACCUGUAUUUGGAGAGUUUCUCCCAUUCUUCUCUGCAGGUCCUCUCAAACGCUGUCAGGUUGGAUGGGGAGCAUCGCUGCACAGCUAUUUUCAGGUCUCCAGAGAUGUUCGAUCGGGUUCAAGUCCUGCAUUGUCUUAGCUGUGUGCUUAGGGUCGUUGUCUUUUUGGAAGGUGAACCGUCACCCCAGUCUGGGGUUCAAAGGGCACUGGAGCAGGUUUUCAUCAAGGAUCUUCUUCAUUUUUCAUUUGGGCACCACAAAUUAGUUUGUUAAAAGUGUGUGGUUGAACUGAAAACUGGGUUAACAAAAAAGUGAGAAGCUGUUCAGAAAAUACCUCAAAAGACGUUAACGCAAAAGUGCUAAUUUGAGACGUUUUAUUUAUCUUAGUAACUUGAAUCAAGAACUUUAGCUCAUUUGGCCAGCAGCCAGUAGGGCAGGUAGACUAACUACCUUGUGUAUGGUUAACUAAAGGACAUUCAGAGACCUGUCCCGAAGCCACUCCUGUGUUGUCUUGGCUGUGUGCUUAGGGUCGUUGUCCUUUUGGAAGGUGAACCGUCACCCCAGUCUGAGGUCCUAAGGGCUCUGGAGCAGGUUUUCAUCAAGGAUCUUUGUACUUUGCUCCGUUCAUCUUUCCCUUGAUCCUGACAAAUCUCCCAGUUUCUGCCGCGUAAAAACAUUCCCACAGUAUGAUGCUGCCCCCAUGAUGCUUCACAGUAGGGAUGGUGUCAGGUUUCCUCCAGGUGUGACGCUUGACAUUCAGGCCAAAUAGUUCAAUCUUGCUUUCGUCAGAUCAGAGAAUCUUGUUUUUCAUGGUCAGAGUCCUUUAGGUGCCUCUUGGCAAACUGGAGUGGCUUCCGUCUGGCCACUCUACCAUAAAGGCCUGACUGUGCUGCAGAGUGCUGCAGAGAUAGUUGUUCAUCUGGAAGAUUCUCCCAUCUCCACAGAGGAACUCUGGACCUCUGUCAGAGUGACCAUUGGGUUUUUGGUCACCUCCCUGACCAAGGCCCUUCUUCCCCGAUUGCUCAUUUUGGCCGGGGGCCAGCUCUAGGAAGAGUCUUGAUGAUUCCAAACUUCUACCAUUUAAGAAUGAUGGAGGCCACUGUGUUCUUGGGGAACUUUCCCAGACCUGUGCCUCGACACAAUCCUGUCGCGGCGCUCUACGGACAAUGCCUUCGACCUCAUGGCUUUCUUUUUGCUCUGACAUGCACUGUCAUCUGUGGGACCUUAUAUAGACAGGUGUGUGUCAUUCCAAAUCAUGUCCAAUCAAUUGAAUUUACCCCAGGUGGACUCCAAUCAGGUUGUAGAAACAUCAAGGAUGAUCAAUGGAAACAGGAUGCAUCUGAGCUCAAUUUUGAGUCUCAUGAACACUUAUGUAAACAGGUAAAAACCUGUUUUCGCUUCGUCGUUAACGGGUACCGUGUGUAGAUUGGUGAGGGGGAAAAAUAUUUAAUCCAUUUUAGAAUAAGGCUGUAACGUAACAAAAUGUGGAAAAAGUAAAGGGGUCUGAAUACUUUCUGAAUGCACUGUAUACAAAUAUUCACACACUUUCAUACAUACUAUGUAUACUCAGACACAUACUAUACUAUAACUAUACAUUAUUAUCAUCACACACAAAAAAAUUGAGAACAGGGUCAAAUGCAAGGACAUUUAAUGAAUGAAUGAAUGAACAUUCUGCCAAAUAAAAAGGGAUGAACUCAAGACAUUCCUGAUGAUUCCGGUUGGGGUCUUAGUGUAAAAUGAUUCAGUCAGUGAUCCAGUGAUCAAGUCAUUCUACAGAAAUGGCAAAUCUUUAUAGAGACUGCAAAGACUCAACGAACAACAUACUGAACGAUCAACCAGCCAACCAACAAACCAAGACUGACAGACAAGACACGGAAAGAGAGGUUGAAAAACACAUUGUGAUCUGAAAUGCUGGUAUUCAGACAGUAUCAGAAGAAAACCAAAAUGUAUUUCUUAAAGCAAUAUAUUUCCCCCAAAAAGACUGAAGUCGAAGGUGAAUUGAGAAAAAAGAGCUUCAGAACUGGCAUGGUGGAACCAUUUCUGAAAAAGCCAAAAGAUGAAGAGAUGUUCUUUUGAUUAGGGUUUUUAGCUGAUAGAAAUUCUUUGUAAAAUGUUCUUCAAUGAAAGAAUAUCAUCAAAAUGAACAGCAGUUUUGAUGUUUACUGUAAUGCGAUGUGAACUCUGGUACUAAGUAUGUAUGUGUGUGUGUACAGUAUGUAUGUAUGUAUGUAUGUAUGUAUGUAUGUAUGUAUGUAUGUAUGUAUGUAUGUAUGUAUGUAUGUAUGUAUGUAUGUAUGUAUGUAUCACUGUAUGUUCCAUGUGUAUGGAUUGGAAAUAUGAUUAGGUGGAUUUUUAUUUUGCCUUAAGAUUUACUUUAUUUAUUUAAAUCCUAAAUAACCAGAUUAGCUUGAGGUGUUUUGUGUUAGACUCAUUUUGGUAAAGGUUUUUGGACACUCUAGUGCCAAAUCUCUACAUGGUCUUCUGCAACACAUUUUGAACAGCUGGAUCUUGAAAAUUGAAAAUUACUGUGUGUUUAAUAGUAUUUUUUUUUUGCAUGGCGUAUUCUCUCUCCAGUUUAUGAUUUAGAUUUAGUCCGAUGAUGUGCUACACAUUAAUAUUGCAUCAUUCAAAGCCACCAGAUGGAGAAGUGAAAGGCAUUAAGUUGGUGAUAGUCCCAAGUAGGUGGUUUGUCGAUGUAGACAAUACCUGUCAACAUUUCAACUAACUAUCCAUCAGGGUCGGGGUCAAUUCCAUUUCAAUUCCAGUCAAUUCAGGAAGUACACUGAAAUUCCAAUUCUCUUCAAUGCUUUUCAUUUGGAAUUGGAAUUUGGUUUACUUUCUGAAUUGCCUGGAAUUCAAAUAGAUAGACCCCAACCUUGCUAUCCACUAACCCUAGCCUUAACAUUAACCUUAACCCUUAUCCUAACCCUUAUUCUAAACAUAACCCUAAGCGCAAACUUAGCAAGCAGUUGCUUAUCAACAUAGAGUUUGUUGAUAGUAUGACCAUCUGUAGAUCAUCUAUAUGGGACGAUCCAAAUAAAGUGGGACCAUUUAGAUUCAUGUAUUUAACUUUAUUCUGCCACAGCAAGCCAAGAUGACAGAUAGCUCUAAAUGAUUUCCAACACUUUAUCCCUGCACCUUAACACACACAUAUCUACUUCAUUUUUACACAUUUUAAUCAAUUUAUUUGAUUCUUUUUUUUAAUGUAUUAAUGCUGAUGAAUAGACUAUUGUUUGGAUUUUGAUAAUUAUUUAGCAUUUUAAAUUCAAGCUGAAAAAUACAGUUUAGUACACAGUCACAUCUUAAAACAAUUGCAUGAUGAGUAACUAAAACAUAUCUUUAUGAAUCAUUUUAACUGGCUUUACAAAAAGUUAUGUCAAGAUUGUUGUAAUGUGGAAUUUAGCUGUAGCACAAUUUCUUGCAUUAUGUCCUGAAGCAAAUAUUGGUCUUAUUACCUCUUGAGACAUCUUAGGGCUCAAUACCAGACAAAACAAUAAUAGUUCAUUUUUAUUCAAUGUUGUGUUUGUAUGCUGUUGAUGUUGUGUUUUCAUCUCACCAGUAAGAACUAGGAUCUAGAGCUAAGUUACAGAGCCUGGGAAUCCUAGAUUUUCUAGAAUAGUUUAGAUACUGUAGUUCUCAAAAUAAUGCAUUUUUGAUGAAGUGUGUAGCUUCUAAAUUGCCAAGUGUUGAGAAGUUGCAAGGGACAUCUGGAGAGGAUUUCUCACUUUCUUGCCAAGCAAAACAUCACAAGAGUAAUGAAUUAGUCAUUUUAAAGUCAGAAAUAAGAUUUAAAAAAUAAAAUGUGUGUUGUGAUUUCCAGACAUAUUUACAUAAAUAUUUAUGUGCUGGAAAACAAUUGUAAAAAAAAAAAAAAGUUCGCUGUCACAAGCUGUAGUAUUCUGUUCUUCAUAAUUGGAUGUAUGAAUGUCAUGUAAAAGUCAGUAAAGUUAUUUUCCCUCUGUGGUUUGACAUCUUCCAACAAUGAACUGUUCAAUAAGGUUUGCAGCUAGUUGAAGUAUUGUUCAAUCAUGCUCCGGGUAGAAGUUGGCUUCAGGCAGAGAUUUAGGAUCAGCUUACCCUCCCCAAAUCCUCAACUUAUCCAUAAGGGUGAAAAAACUCCACUGACCUUUCAUCAGUGUCUUGGGCAGUGAGAUUACUACACCUUGUGACAACCUAUGACCUUACUUCCAGUCCCGAUGUGCAGGGCUGGAGUUGUUUCUCUAGAGGCUAGAGGUCACCAAGUCCUGGGGACUCGCUAGGUGUGCAGGCUUUUAUUCUAGCCCAACACUAACACACCUGAUUAAACUAAUCAUUCAAAUCUAAGGCUAAAACCUGGGUAGCAGACCAUAGCUGUAGCCAAUAGAUGAGUUAGACAAAGAGGUUUCUGCAAAGCUAUCAUGAUGUAAUGUGUUGCAACUUGUGUAUUGGAGUUCCUGUCUGUCUGUAGUGACAUAUUGAUGCGGCAUCAUGAUUUGUGGUGUUUUAGUGAGUAGGGCAACACAGUGCAAGAACUCGUGUCUGAGUAUGUCUUUGCAAUACAACCGUCUUCCCUGUAAGCUCUGAUUUAGUUGACAAAAAAAUUAAAACUGUGGUUGGAAUGAA